AUGGCCGCUACUAGUACUCAAGCAGAGGUGCAAGUUUCCUUGAAGCUUGUGUUGAAUGAAAAGGGUAACAAAGUGUUGUUUGCUGAAGCUGGUAAGGACUUUGUAGACAUUCUUUGCAGCUUCUUAACAAUCCCUUUAGGAACUGUUGCUAGACUUGUAGAGAAGGAAUCUAGCAUUGGGCCAGUCACUGUUGGUUGUCUAAACUCACUCUAUCAAAGUGUGGUUGAUCUGGAUGAAGGUUGUUUGAGUACGGACACUAUCAAACAAGUUCUGCUGGAACCAAGUAACUCAGCUGAAGAUUAUUGCAACACUCUUAAACUCAACAUUGAUGACACUCCACCUACCAAGUACUUUGCAUGUCAAGGAUUUGUUGAGAGUUUCGUUACUUUUGUCAUCACUGAUGAUCUCACUGUCGUACCAAACGGUAUUGACUUUACAAGCUUUAGUAUGCUGCAGGAAUUUGGUAUACAAUGUCCUAGUUCGGUAAAAGAAAUAGCUCUGAAUGUUACUAAAGAAAAGGUACUUGAUCUUCUAAAGUGUUAUUUGCUUCCUAAGUCAACUUUGACAGAUUGGUUUUUAGGGAAGAAACCUUCCCUUGGAUGUUCCAGGUUUUUCUUGCCUUAUGUUGAAAUUCGUAAUAAAAUACAAAUGACUCUGAAGUUAGUAAUAAGAAAAUCAGAUGGCAAGGUAUUGUACGCACAAGGAGAACAAGAUUUUGCAAAUUUACUUCUAAGCUUUCUUACUUUUCCAUUGGGAGGAAUUGCUCGAAUAUUUCAAGGGAAUUGUUCCAUCGAAAGCAUCAAUGAAUUGUAUAAGUGUAUAUCUUUGAAUGAAGACAAAUAUUCCAUAUCAUGCGAAGCUAAGUACAAGCUUAUAAAGAGUGUUGAACUGAGCAAGCAGAUAUUACCAAUUCAUGGAACAGGUUUUUUUGAAUGUUAUAAAGAGUGUGAAAGUUAUAUUAAAUUUUUUAAACGUGAUGAAAGUAAUAGUGGCCGUUUUAGGAAAUUUUUAAAUCCAAAUAUUGUGAACCCUUACAAAAGUUAUGUGAAGGGUCCAGGUAUGUAUGUUGCUACAGAUGAUUUGGUGGUGUCACCAUUGUCACCAGUUUCAGCUUUAAGUUUACUUGCCCGUUUGAAAACCCCUCUUAAUGAUUUGAAGGAAAAAGUUGUCGUCAUUGGAUUCAAAGAGUGUCUUAGCAUAUUGAAUGCGGCUUUGACUUCAACAUCUGCUCUAACGAAUGGUUUGGCUCACAUGUUUACUGAAGAAAAGGAGGAUAAAUGA